UUCGUUGGGCCACCAAUCACCGCCGUUCGCCGCCGUCCUUCUCCCUCCUCCAUUGUUUUCAACUACAAAUUUAUGGAACGAUUCUUUAAAAGAAAAUUAUCUACGGAUAGUCCUUCUCCGUCUAAUCCGGGUAGUUCAAAUGCAAGACCAAUUGAAGUAGAUGAGAUCUUAGCUAAUCUUCAGGCAGACCCUGGACUAAGAACUCGAAUGGUGGAUUAUAGUCCUAAUAUUCGAGAUGAGAUUCGAAGAGCAUAUCUACAAAAGGGACCUUGUCAACCUAGAAGUUAUAAAUUCCCACAAACUAAUCAAUCAGGAAUUAAUAGACGCUUCAUUGCUAAUUGGUUUGAUGAUCAUGAUUGGUUGGAAUAUAGUAUUGCUAAAGAUGCUGCAUUUUGUCUUCAUUGUUAUCUCUUCAAAUCAAAUUUUGAUCAAGUGGGUGGUGAUGCAUUCACUGGGGUAGGCUUCAAUAAUUGGAAGAAGGCGAAAGAAAGAUUUAAUCUUCAUGUUGGACCGGUUGGUAGUGUUCACAACCAAGCUAGAGAAGUUGCUUACAAUUUGAUGCAUCAAACUACACACAUUGAAACAAUUGUCAUCAAGCAAACAAGCCAAGCUCGCACGGCUUAUCGCACUUGCUUGAAUGCAUCACUUAAGUGCACUAGGUAUUUGUUGCGACAAGGUCUUUCUUUUCGUGGUCAUGAUGAAAGUGCACAAUCAAGUAAUAGAGGGAAUUAUUUAGAGCUCUUGCAAUUUCUUGCGGAUCAUGAUGAAAAAGUUAAGGCCGUUGUGUUGGAAAAUGCUCCAGGAAAUUUGAAGUUAAUAGCUCCUUCAAUUCAAAAAGAUCUUGUCAAUUCUUGUGCUAAAGAAACCAUUGGUCUUAUCUUGAGUGAUGUAAAAGAUAGAUAUUUUUCCAUAAUGGUGGAUGAAGCACGUGAUGUUUCAAUAAAGGAGCAAAUGGCGAUGGUGCUUCGUUAUGUGAAUGACAAAGGACAAAUAAUUGAAAGGUUUGUGGGGGUUCAACAUGUGACCGAUACUACUUCAAGUGCACUAAAGGAAGCCAUUGAUGAAUUCUUUUCUUCCGCGAAUUUGAGCUUUUCCAAGCUAUGAGGACAAGGUUAUGAUGGAGCUAGUAAUAUGAGAGGUGAGUUCAAUGGCCUUAAGACAAAGAUUUUGAGAGAACAACCUUGUGCAUUUUAUGUUCAUUGUUUUGCUCAUCAACUUCAACUAGCUCUUGUUGCGGUAGCAAAGAAAAACAUUGAUGUCAACUCUUUUUUCACAACGGCUAAUAGUUUGGUCAAUGUUGUUGGAGCAUCUUGUAAGCGUCGGGAUGCACUUAGAGCACAAUACCAAGAAGAGCUUGUGAGAGCUUUUGAAGAAGAUUGUCUUAUAAUGGGGCGGGGCUUAAAUCAAGAAACUACUCUCAAACG